AUGGCGAACAACAACAACAACAAGCAGCUUGCACUGCAAGUUAUCUGUGCGCUGAUCUGCAGCGAAAAAAAGAAAAACAACAGACGAAUAUGGAGGAGAGAAUGUUUCAAGAGACGCGAGCAGCAAGGGUUGUCCGUUCCGCAGAGAGUGUUGGAGUCGAGCGAGGGGCCCGGCUGCCGGGAGCUGUUGCGGAUGACGGAGGAGGAGUUCGAGCUCCUGCUUGGGAGCGUCGGGGCUCUCAUCACCAAACAACACACUAAAAUGAGACGGGCAAUAUCCCCGAGAGAUCGCCUGUCUGUGACCUUGCGCUAUUUGGCUUCAGGCGAAACAUUCAGUUCCCUCAGUUUACAGUACAAGAUUGGGGCCAGCACUAUUUCACAGAUCGUGAUGGAGACCUGUGCUGCUCUGCACCAGGUCAUGAAGAAAGACUAUCUGAAGACACCAUCAACAGAGGCAGAAUGGCGGACAAUAGCCCAAGACUUUGAAUCGAAAUGGCAGUUUCCACAUUGCCUCGGUGCGCUUGGUGGAAAACGGAUCUAUUUACAGCCUCCAGCAAAGAGUGUGAGCCUUGAGCAUAAUUACAAGGGCAGAUUCUCUGUGACGAUCAUGGCUGCGGUAGAUGCAAAUUACAAGUUCAUCUAUGCCAGCGUGGGAACCCAGGCCAGUGUCUCUGAUGCUGGACUGUUCGCUCACUCGGACUUGUGCAAAGCCAUGGAUCGGGGUUUGCUGAACUUUCCUCCACCUGAACCCUUGCCCAACAGUGACGUAAAGAUGCCGUACAUGUUUGUGGGUGAUGAGGCAUAUCCUUUAAGGCCAGAUCUCAUGACGCCGUAUCCAUGCAGGCAGACGGACCGCAGUCAACAGGUACUGAACUGUCGUCUAUCAAGGGCACGUAGAGCGCCAGAAAAUGCUUUCGGCAUUCUUGCCAACAGGUUAAGGGUUUUCAGGAACACCAUAUAUUUGGAGCCAGACAAGGUGGUUAAGAUAACUAUGGCCUCGCUAUGCAUCCAUAACUUCCUCCGCGAGCGCAGGUCUGAGGCGUACACACCUCCAGGCUUUACGGAUUGGGAGAAUGAGGACCACAGCUUAGUUGAGGGAACCUGGAGGAAGCAAGGAAGUGGGUCUUUCCAGCCGGCGGAGCAAAGAGGGGAAAGCGAUGCAUCAGAUACGGCCAAAAUCCAACGAAACCUUCUGUGUGACUAUUUUGUCUCGCCUGCAGGUUGUGUUCCUUGGCAGGAGGAGCACAUUUAGUAUUGUAAGGAUGUUGGAAUAGUAUUUUUGUAGUGGAGAACACUGUGGAUUUGAUUCUUUGGCAUUAUUGUGGUUCUGUUAUUGAUUUUAGACCUUUGGUAAAGAAUGUCUUGUGUAUAUUUUAUAUCUUCAGACCAUAGAAGUUGUGUACUGUUUGAUGUCAUUGUUUCAACUGCAUGUAAAUAUUCUUUUUGUAAGCUUUGUUUCAAAAAUGUAUUACAAAAAAGUACUGAAAACAACAGUAUAAAGUUUUAAAAAUAUAGUCCUGCGCAUUACUGUACAGAUUCACAACAUAACUACAAGUAGGCUAUUAUUUAACACUCAAGGUCAACAUUGAUUUGAUGUCUUUUACAACAGUGAAAUAAAAAUAACCUUAAGAUCA